UCACUCGUUCGCUCGCCGCCGAUCGCGCAGCGCGCCCGCAGAGCGAAUAUUCCCGCACGUACGCGCGUAGUACGGCCGUUGACACGCGGAAGAUACACUCGCCGAGGAACGAGGGUAACAGAGAGAGGAUUCCGUGCCUCGUACGAUGAUCGUCGUCGCGAGACCCGUGAGGAAGUAAAGCGAGAGAAAGAGAUCCUGCGGGUUCGCAGUGCCCCAGCGAUUUCACACACACCCGCGCGUUAUUUGGGAUUAAAGUAGCGUAUUGAACGAAGAGUGCAGACCGAAGAUCGACCGCGAUGUUUCGGCAGAACAACUACCUCGCUUUGGGAGUACUCCUGCUGUCGGCCGCCGCCACCGCGGACAACAGUGUACACAUACUGUCCAAGUACGGUCAUCAGCCGCUCACCUCGACCACUCUCAAGUGGUUGCCGGUAGCGCAUUACAACCCGAGCGAAUCGAAGGACAUUGUCAUCGGUGGUGUCGAGAACUUACCGGAUAACGAAGACGAGAACUAUGCGAAUCAAGCGGAGAAACUGGAGACGAGGACGCCGGCGCUCUACGUGUGCCGCGCGAUGCAUAGUGGCGUAUGGGUAGCCGGUACCCAAAAGGAAAAGGAAAGGGUCUGCACGGUGACGAUACACGGUGUUGUGCAACAGUAUACGAAAUACGAGCUACUGGAGAACGUCGACAGCGCGGCGCGAAUCUCGUGGAUCCACUGGGACAGGUUUACACAGCCCCAUUUAGGCGCGGUGUACGUCGACAGUAUGCUGGUGGCCCGGCACGAGGUUCCGAAGGACAAGAGGAAUCCCCGGUACACUCACUACAUCGGCACCCUCAGCUCGGUCGAGAGCUUCGGUACCAUCGUCUAUGUGAACGAGGACGGCAAUGAGGAAUCCGCAAAGUCCGGCGAGCUGCUGGUAGAGACCGAGCCGAUUCGUUACGAGCUGAGCGCCGUUAAACUCAACUGGCCUAAGAGGCGUGAUAUUAAACCUCGCGUACCUCGUGUACUCAGCGAAGUGACGAUCAUCAACACCGGAGCGAGAUCGGCGAACCUGGCGGAGGCCUGCACGUAUACGUACAAGUACUCGGUCUACUGGGGUCGUAGGCACGCCAUCCUAAAUGGCCUGAGCACCACGAUCACGCUGGUCAACGGCACGUCAUUGCCGAACAUAACGUGGGGUACUCGCCACGAGGAAAAUCGCACGGAAGCUUAUGACGUGCUGAUCUAUCUGGAGCCUGGUACAGGCAUGAACGUGACUCUAAGGGCAAACUACACGGACAUGGAAGUACCGUACACCGCAACGUUGAUCUCGCAUUACGAGGACGGUGCGACGACAACACGCGUUAUUAGCGGCAUUCGGCAAGAGGAAACGUUGUUCGACAUUACACCAGAAUUCGGGCCCGUCUACUUUCUGAGCAAUUUCAGUUUGGUACCGACCACUACCCCGCCGCCCACCACAACCACCGAGUUACCAACCACGACGACGAUGAUGACCACGACAACGAUGGCGGCGACAACAACGAAGCGGGCGCCGCAAAGGGCGAGUGCAAGUCGAGGGUCGCACCAGCAUCAAACCGAUGACACAUCAGACACGGACGAAAACUCAAUCUUACCGCCGAAGAAGCCGGACAUAUCGACGGGCAUGCAGAGCGACGAUGGCGGUCCAUUGUCGCUCAAGAAUAAGGAAGCGAUGUACGACGCUGGUGCCACGUCCGUCUCUCUUCAGUCGAGCUUGCUGACGCUCGUCAUUCCGCCACUAUUGUUGCUGAUCCUUCACAAAAUUACGUGAAGACCCGAUCGCGCGUUUGACGUCGCCGCCGCCGUCUCUAAACGUUAAUUCCUAAUUCCCACAAUAGUAAUAUAAAAUAACACAAUCCAGUAGAUGACACAAUACCGAAGACAGAAAAGGAUUAAAAAAGACAAAAAAAGAUUAUAUAGAAAAAAGAACAAAAAAUAUAUCUAUAUAUACGCGCGGAAAGAAAAUUGCUGUAAUUUCGUACGUAGCGAUUAUCGUGCGAAUGACCUCUUUAUUUGAACGUACAUACACGCAUCGCUGAACAGCGGUGCUGAAUUAUGCUUGCCUUUAAAAAGAAACUUGAUAUUUAAUAUAUAUCUAUAUUACUACACGAUACACAUACACAACACACACACACACGUGCGUCUUAGGAUAGCAGAAGAGAACAAGAGAAAAGUAUCCUCACGAUUGAACAAUGGAGCUAGUCUCAUGAUGAGUUAAGUACAAGAGCGAGAUCGCAGCGACUGGUGGCGUAGGUAGAUUACCCUGGCCGCGAAACGUUCACUCGUUAUAUUGUUGAAGAGCCGACCGCGUAACAUUCCGUCUUUUUCUAAUCCCGCUGUGACUCGACUUUCCAGCUAUAACGUAUGUCUCUUAUGCCUUCGCAAAGCGUAACUUUAGAAGACUAAUCGCUUCAAAGGAUAGCAUAUUCUUUUUUUAGAAAGUUGAAGAAAAAGAGGGCUAUAAAUGCCGGAAAUAAUGUUUUGGACGAGUAGUAGCGUAUACGUCGAAUCGGGAGACGAAUAGAAGUUAAGCAAUGGAAAAAAGACAGCAAGAUAUGCGAGAGUUAAUUCAGCUACGAUAUAUUUUUGAGAUUGCCGUAUAAUUUUAGAAGAUUAUAAAAUUUAUAAGGCUAGCAAAUAAGAAAGAAAACCAUAUAAAGUAUAAGAGUGGAUGGGUACAUUUUUUUCUGCAAUAAAUUUAAUUCAAUUAAGUUCCAAAUUAUUACAGCGAAACAAUAAACGUCAAAGGCAAUCGUUAAUGUAUAAUUACAUGUAAUUACAUAUUGUUAAAUGAUAAUGAUGAUUCGCACAGAAAAUUUGCGAAGUAUUUGCUAAUGUGGUAAUGUUUUUAUUUUGUUUUAAUUUUGAUAAAUUCGUAUGUACCCAUCUCUCGCCGGUAUGUAAAGUGAUAGGACUUGCAGGUUCUUUAGAGUACUGUUGAAGAUUGUAAUAGAGGAAACAUUGGUAUAUAUAAUAUAAAUAUCUGAAUAAUCUAUUAAUAAAGAGAAGAGGAUAGAAUAUUUUGGUACGCGUGCGAAGUAUAGAAUUAUUGAGUUUCACGUUUCGUGAAGAUUUUAUUUUAUUUUUUUGUUCACUUCGAAAGACUAAAGCGACGAGGACGGUCAUUUUUCAUACGAGGUUGCGUUGUCGGCGUUUUUACCGAAGAAGUAUCCAUAUAUAUGUAUAUAAUAUGUAUUUCUAUAUGAUCUUGAUAGUUGUAAUAUUGUGUAGUAAGCUUAUUUAUAUACAUGAUUUAUAUAGAUAUUUUCUCUAUCGAUAAUAGUGUCACACACAAGUACAAUUCUUCUAUUUUACUAUUAACAGAUAAUGAAUAUCGUAGGAUUAGCGCAAAACUGUUUAUUUCUUACUAAAGCGGACGUGUCUAACGAUGUUUAUCAACGUAAGCCUAAUCACGACUGUUGUGAUAUUCAAUGAGAACCUUACAUAAACGUGAAAACAAAAAAAAAGAGAAUUAUGUUGAGCAAUUCAUCGUUUGCGAGAGAAAGCAAUAAAUUCGUUGAGAGAGAUUUGCGAGGAAGCGAGAGAAAAGGCGACGAUAGGAAACGAGCGCAAAUAAAAUUUAUGAUAUUUUCUUCGAUAUUCUGAGUAAACUAAUAAAACAAAAUGCGAAAUUUGAGUAACGAGUGGCGGCGCGAUUUUAGCGUAAACCUCGACGGAGAAGAACGUUGUAUAUUCAUAUGACCCCAGAUUAUAGAUCGAUGAUUAACUUCUUGACAGUUUACCCUACACGCCGAUAGACGUAAAUAAACCCUAAAGAAAUUAGAUUAUUGACCUCGGCGAAGCCAAGAACCGUUCUAAAAAUAUCUAUAUUCUCAACACAGAUGUAUUAUUUGUGAAUAAUGCUAUUCUGUAUUGUACAUUAUCAUGUAAAUAUAAACGCUAUGUACAUAUAAAA